UGCUCUGUCCCGCUGGAGGACAGUUGACUUGUGUGUUCAGUCAGGAGGGUAACCUCUGACUCUCUGUUCCUACAACUGCAGCUCAAACUCCCAGGAUUCACACUCUGCCAUUUUGAACAAAACCGGCUCGACGUCGACAGUUCAGACGCUUCCAACAAACACAGCCAUGAGGUAAACGAGUAGAGUUUCGCUCCGAGUUUUAUAAAACAAUUCUAUUUUGGAUAGUAAGUGAUUGGUCAAAGGUGUUUUUCUUCCAUCACACCUUUGAACUGGACAUCAAUCAUCUUCAACUAUGUGUUCGACCAACCAUUCUAACUGGGUCACCUUUGAAGAUGACAACACACCGCCCUCGACACCACAGAAGCCUCUACAGUCACCGGGGUUCAUCAGUUCCUCAGUCCCUCGUCCCAAUGGUCUGAAGUUGGUGUUUCCACCGAUUAGAGACACUUCCCGGAACUUCAGUUCCUCCGUGGAAUCACCACAGAGUGGUGGGAAUUCUUCUGUACUAUGUAACACACCUGUGUACACUGCUGUGGCUGGAGCACCAGGCAGUGCGUCCCAAUUUAAUUCUAAUAAACGGGAAAAUAACUCCUUUUCUCGCAGUUUGUCCAACACAUCAAACUCCUACAUGCCCUCCCCUGCGCCUGAUGUUCCAAGUCGAACCAGAGAUGGAUUAAGUCCCUUCCCAUCUUUUCAGGGGAACUCAGGCCAUUACAACCCCUUCUGGGAUGGACGUAGAUACAGCGAAGAUGUCGACAGUUCAUCCUCAGACUCAGAAUGUGACAACAGCUUACCACGUUUCUUCAUUCGCACCAAAGAUGGCAGUGAGCCUCCACGUGACCACCUGCAGAAUUCUUUCUCCUACGUUUGCCAUAAGCUGGAGGGCCUCCAGUCGGAAGCAAAGACUGAAAAUGGUCGACAGAGGCGGCUGAGUUGCAACGCUGAGGUUUUAAGCGAGAAAUCGUCCAAGUUUGUUCCCCGGGGUCUGUUUCGAAGCAAGAGGAGAGAUGGCUGGUCUGUCCUGCUCAGGAUUCCGGAAAAAAAGAACCGCAUGUCUUCGCGACAGUGGGGGCCGAUCUACCUUCGCCUGCUGCCUGGAGCUGUGCUGCAGAUGUACUAUGAGAAAGGGCUGGAGAAGCCGUUCAAAGAAUUUCAGCUCUUCCCUCAGUGCAGGCUCUCAGACCUUAGAGUGGAAAGUAAAGUCCUCACUGUCAAGGUGGAGCAUUUUUCCUACACUGAAAAGAAACGCUUCAACCCGAAGUUGGAGGUCAGUCAUGAGGCGGAGGUUGAACAGCUGCUCAAGUUUGGCUCCUCAGUGCAUGAGGACAUGGAGGACCUGGUGGUCUCCAUGGAGGAGGAAAUCUUUAAGCUGUGUAUGCCCCAUCAACAGAGGCGUCACUUUGAGGAGCAGGAGCUGUCGUUGCAGAUCACUGAUCAUAUCUGGGUACAACUAGAUAAGUCCGGAGGAGUCAUAGAGCGGACAGCUGUCACUCAAAUACACUGCUUAGCUUUUCUCAGUGGACUCGGGGAUUGUUUUUUGGCUCUUAAUGACCUGGGACUGCUGCAGUACAAUUCCAGCUACGAUUCCGAGGAUGAAAGUGAACUGUGGAUGCAGAUAGCCGACUGUCAUUUUCACAGAUGUGUCAAUGAGGAAGAGUUUCACAGGUCCAGACUGAUUAAGUUCUCACCUCCUGACGCCUGCAGGGUGGAGCUGAUGAGAUACAAGACGACUGCUUUGGGCUGCACGGAGAUCCCUUUCUCAAUCAAAGCUGUGGUUACAGUCCAAGGGGCCUAUGUGGAGCUCCAGGCUUUUCUGAACAUGUCUGCAGCCUUUCAGUCCUCUGUUGGUGGGUCAGACGGCUACCCGCUUUGUGAAAACGUUAUAAUUCGUGUGCCUGUGCCAGGCGACUGGGUCAAAGUGACACAGACGGUGGCCCUACUGCGACAGAGGUCAUUGAAGGCCCGUAUGAACAGAAACACCUGCCUGGGAUCCAUCAGCACUGCAGAUUCACAGCCUGUUAUACAGGUGUCAGUCGGAACUGUCAAGUAUGAGAAUGUAUAUUCAGCCAUUGUGUGGAGGAUCGAAAGACUGCCCGGAAAAAAUAUGGCAGUGGACCACCCCCAUUCUCUCUCCUGUAAGCUUGAGCUGGGAUCUGAUCAGGAGAUUCCCAAAGACUGGUACCCUUUUGUCACCAUGGAAUGUGAAAUUAUGGGAGCUGUUGUGUCACAGACCAGAGUCAAAUCACUGGGCACAGUAAACGACAUCCAGCCUCAAAAACAUCUGACCAGUUGGACACGGUACCAUUGUCAGCUGGAAGUUGAGAAGAAAUGGAUUGAAACUGAGUCUGAGAGACAGUCUGGCUGUAUGACACAGUGAUGGACAAAGAAGAUGACGGUUUCAUUUGUAUUUACUUCAAACUGUCCAAAGGUGAUGGGUGACUUCCUGCUUCUAUCUGGUAUUAAAUUAAUCUAACUACACAUAGCCUACAACCGAUUAGUCUCAAUUAAAAUAUAUAUAACAUUGCCAUUUUACUUAGCACUUUACAUCUAAUACAUGUAUUAUGUAAGAUAAUGAUUUUAAGUGCUGUAUAUAAGCUUGCAUUUGCCUCAUCUGCACUCCUACAGAAUUAUUGGCAAAAAAUGUGUGACAAAUGAACUGUAUGAGAUUGUUAAUGUUAAUUAAUGUUAAUAAGCUGUUUUCAUUGUGUUUACAGAAACCCUCUUUACUCUCCACAUACUUCCAACUAGCAGCACAGCGCAAGUACCUUUACUCUACAUUCAUUUACACAAAAGCCUAAAGAGCAAUAGCCAAAUAAAGAAUAACAGGUUCUGAAGGUUCCGGAUUUUUAUUUGCAUUACCAAAUCCGUUCAAUCUUAAUGAUGCUUCCAAACAAUUCUGCCAACUCUAGAGGUACUGUGGAGUUGGCAACAGGCAGUGCCCUCUGGUGGCCUUUGUUAUUAUGUGGAUUUUUUUUAUAUACAAAUUCUUUCAGUAUAUAGGUCUCAAUACCAACCAAACUACUUAAAAAAAGGCACAGGUUACUGUGUUUAGCAGCAAUGUUUAAGUCUCAGCAUUUUGAUAAUUAUAUCAUAGAAUAUGUUUGUAUAAAAUAAUUUGAAAGUUGAAAGAAAGCAUUUAUACUUGAGGGCAAAUGAAACAUCCACAUUUAUCAAAAAAAAAAAAAAAAAUCUACUGCACACAGUUUAAUGAAUAAUGAAUAAAAACAUAUCAGCAGUCCUAAACAUUAUGCUGCCAAAACUACAACAUGGACAAAAAUAGCUCAUUACUGUUGCUUACCUCGACCUUUUGACAAUGAUCAAGGUUGUAUCCUUAAAAAAAAUCUUUAUUUAAACAAAUCUUUAUGAUGUGACUUUUCGGCUUUUGGGGUUUUAAAAAAAUGUUUGAGCGAGGAUGCUGAAGCUAUAGGUAGAACUAAGUCUUUAAUUUUUAAGUAGUCUGCAUGAGGUUCCUGACUUUGGAUGGAUAAUGUGUACAAUGAGAUUAAAUUCUGAGUUAAAGCUGA